AUGAAGAUUGAAAUAGAGAGCAAGAAGUUGAUCAAACCCUCGGCUCCAACAGUUGACCAUCUUCGCAAGCUAAAAAUCUCUUUCAUUGAUCAAUUUCAGCUUCCAAUUUAUAUUGGUGUAAUUUUCUUCUACUCAUCCAAAAACGAUGUACAUUACCCUUCAUUUGUGCCUAUUAGCGAAAGAUUCCGGCUGCUAGAGAAAGCGCUCCGGGAAACCCUAACCCUCUUCUACCCUCUCGCCGGCCGGUACGUCGAAGAGAAGUGCCUGGUUGAAUGUGACGACCAAGGGGUGGAGUUCUUGGAAGCCAAAGCUGAUGGCACUCUUGAUCAGUUUCUCCAUGGAGAAACUGACCCCGAUGAUGUCCUUAGUCAUUUGGCAACUCAACCUCAUCAGAUGGACCUGAUUGGGUCGCCUCUAGUGGUUGUCCAAAUGACCACCUUCACUUGUGGCGGCAUGGCGGUGGGCCUGCACAUCUCGCACCGGAUUGCGGACAUGCACACUAUAUCGUCCUUCCUGAGCACAUGGAUGAUGGCAUGUCGCGGAAGCAUUCAGAAGGCGAUCCAUCCGUGCUUCGAUCUAUCAUCUAUUUUCCCGCCAAGAGACUUGCCUAAGCUCAAGCCUCCCGUCGGACAAAUGAUAGGUGCGAAAAACGUCAUGAAAAGAUUCGUGUUCGACAGCCAAUCCAUCGCGAAGCUCAAAGCCGUCGCGAAGAGGGGAGGGUUUGAUUCCAAAAAGGAACCCUCACGCGUGGAACUAGUCACGGCACUCCUGUCGAUUGCUCUCUUGGAUGUAGCCAAGCUAAAAAAUGGGCAAUCCAAGCCGUUCCUAGUUGCGCACAUGGUGAACUUGCGUGGAAGGACAGAUCUCCUGUCGCACCAGAAUUCCUGCGGCAAUCUCUACAUGCCGGUGCUCUGGAAGUCCGCGGUCGAGGUGAAAAGGCACGGGUUACAUGGCUUGGUUGCUUUGAUGCGAGAUGCGAUAACAAUUUCGCUUGCCAAGUUAGCGAACGCGAUAGACAAGGAGGAUUUGGACGAGAUUAUGAUGCACUUGAUGAGAGAGUUUCAGGAGGAACUGCAGAAAGGCGACGCCGACGUGCUUCUGUUCACCAGCUGGUGUCGGUUUCUGCUGCACCGGGUUGAUUUGGGUUGGGGUGAGCCUGAGUUUGUGAGUAGCUUAUGCAGUCCGUUUGACUUGGUCACGUUGAUGGAUCACAAGGAAGGCGAUGAUGAUGGCGGAGUUGUGGCGCAGGUGAGCUUGACUGAAGACGACAUGGAUCUUUUCUGUAAACAACAUGACAUUUUACAAUAUGCUUCACACAAGUGGAGAGCUUGA